CCUCCUUUGCCUUUGAAUGUUAGGUACCACUCUAUUUAUAUUUCACUCAUUUUGUAACAUUCAACUUCUUUAAUACAAGCAUCAUUUACUUUACAUACUCCUUCAUCAAUCGUUAAUCUCUUCUCAAUUCUACGAUAAUCAUGGGAAACGAUGUAAUAGUGGAUGAUAUUGCUUUUGCUCCUCAAGUUACAUUAACCAAAUCGCUACCCCUCUUGGGUUAUGGGUGCACAGAACUUGAAAUCCACUUCCUGCAAAUAAAGUUCACAGCAAUUGGAGUGUACAUGGAGAGGGAAGUGGUACAACACUUGCAGAAAUGGAAGGGUAAAUCAGGAAAAGAGCUCGCCGAUGAUGAUGAUUUCUUUGAUGCUCUUACUGCUGCCCCUGUGGAAACAGUAAUUAAAGCUGUGGUGAUCAAAGAAAUUAAGGCUUCACAAUUAGGCACACAGCUGGAGGGUUCAGUAAGGGACCGAUUGGCAGCUGCAGACAAGUAUGAAGAAGAGGAAGAAGCUGCACUUGAGAAGGUUGCCGAGUUCUUCCCCACCAAAUACCUUAAGAAAGACUCUUUCUUCACUUUCAGCUUCUUUGCUUCAGGCACAGCUCAGAUAACUAUCACCACGGAUGAGAAAGAAGAAACAACGACAGCCGUGGAGAACAAAAAUGUGGUGGAGAUGAUAAAGAAAUGGUAUUUAGGUGGAAGCAGGUCAGUGACUCCUUCGACUAUAGAGUGCUUGUGUAACAACCUCUCAGCCGAGUUAUCCAACUGAAUGUAAUGUAAUGCAAAUGAGUGUAAAAGGAUCCUAUUCAGAUUGUGCCCUGUUUUUAAUCUCUGCUAAUAAUACAUGUCCAUGUCCUCUUUGGUAAUAAUAGAGUGAUCUUUCGUUUUUAUCA